CGGUUAACUUCACGAGCGUUUAGAGCGCCUACAGGUGGCUCGUACCCGUGUGUGUGGACGCCUCUGCUGGCGAGAGUCCGUAAAUUAUACGACGCAGGAAGCGGAGAGAAUGUCUAUUAACGAAAAGGCGGAACGAGAAGAGCCAGAGGACAAUGAUGCUUGGGUGAAAUGUCUUUCUCCGGGCGAAGAAGGCGACGUUGUCGACCUAAGUCUCGGGUUUCCUGACUGCCCGCCGCCAGAUUUCCUACAGGAUGCACUGCAGGCCGCCAUCUCCUGCAAAGCAUUACAUCAGUACACUCGAGGAUCCGGUCAUCCGCGGCUAGCCAAUGCCCUGUCCCAGAUGUACUCCCGCUUAAUCGGCCGAAACAUUGACCCAGAAGAGGAGGUGCUCGUGACAGUCGGUGCUACGGAAGCACUCUACACAACAUUCUUUGGUCUUGUCAAUCCCGGGGAAGAGGUAAUCCUCAUCGAACCCUGCUUCCCCCUCUAUGGGCCCCAGGUAUUGUUGGCAGGAGGGGUGCCAGUCUUCGUUCCCCUUCGCCCCUGUAAGCAGGGCGUAAUUUCCAGCGCUGACUGGAUUCUGGACCCGAAGGAGCUCGCUUCUAAGUUCAACUUUAGGACCAAGAUGAUUCUCGUCAACAACCCACACAAUCCUCUCGGGAAGGUUUUCUCGCAGGAAGAGCUAGAACUUAUUGCGGAGCUGUGCAGACAGCACAAUGUUAUCUGCGUAAUGGACGAAGUUUACGAAUGGAUACGUUAUGAAGGCAUCGAACAUAUUAGAAUGAACACGCUUCCUGAUAUGUGGGAAAGGACUAUAACUAUAGGAAGCGCCGGAAAAGCAUUCAGUGCUACUGGCUGGAGGGUAGGUUGGGCUUAUGGGCCUCAGAAUCUUCUUAGAGGACUGAAGUUGGUGCACCAGCAAAGCAUCUACACAAACAGCACUCUGAUGCAGGAAGCAGUGGCUGUAGGUAUUGAGAAGCAGAUGGACCGGAUAGGAGACCCCGAAGGAUUCUGGAGCCGCCAGUCAGAUUCGCUACAGAAGAAGCGGGAUUUCAUCUCGGAAUUCCUCGAAUCCCUUGGCGUGGCUGCCACCAUACCGCAAGGAGCUUACUUCAUUGUCUGCGACUUAUCUAAUCUAGCAUCAAAACUGGAAUUACAAGCCAAUGAAGAUGAACAUCACCAGCUCACGCAGUGGUUGUGGACAAAAAAGAAGCUGAGGACAAGUGCUGGUAGCGUUUUCUACAGUGAAAGUGCCAAGCCUCUUGCUAAGAAUUUCAUACGGAUUUGUUUCGCCAAGGACAAGUCAAAUCUUCAAAAAGCUGCUGAUAUACUGCAAGGAUUGAAGACAAGUCUGAGUAUAUGUUAGAGCACAACAUGGAGUGCGAAUGCAAAAUUUGUCCUGUCAAUAACAACAAGGUAUUA